AUGGCCGAGACGAGCCAGCCGCUCGCCGAGAAAACGGAGUUGCAGAUUCUUCUGGAGGAGAAUGAUGUCAUGCGACGCGAAAUCGAGGCUCUUCUCCAGGCCAAAGAAAUCGCCCGAGAGAAAGUCAGGAGCGCCAUCCAAGAGCUGGUCGAAGAAAACAAACGCUUGAAGACGAAGCUCGCCGGUAUGGAGACACAGAUGUCCAGCCUCGUGGCCGAACGCAACGCCCUCGCCAAGCGGCUGCAGGCAGCCAACGGCGAAGAGGAGAAGGGAGAGGACGAGCAGCAACAGCAGGAGAGUAUGCACCGCUCCGGCGGCCGGCCCAUCAGAAAGUCCUCCCAGUCCAAGGCCUCCAAAUUCUUUGGAGCAGUCGUCGAAGAGGCCGGCCCGGUCGAAACGCUCAAGAUCGAAGAGGAGGGACUGCUCAUGUGGAGGAACGAGAUGGACAACACAAUCGAGGUGCGCGGCGGCACUUUGGAAAAGCUCGUCUUGCGGCUUUUGCACGAGGCCACGCCACGCCUCUCGCCCGAGUUCAUCACCGAUUUCAUCCUCACCCAUCGGAGCUUCACCACGACCGACGAAGUGCUUACCCACCUCAUCAAAAAAUAUCAUGACUGCACCGCAGAAGUGGAGAAGGAGGAUAAAAUCACACGACUGCGCAUUUGUACGGUCUUGGAACUGUGGGCCGAACUGCAGGGCGAGGACCUGGCGCCCGAGGAGAAGUUCCUCACCUUUGUCAAAACGCGCUUGCAGGCCGUCGACGGGGAGCGGCUGGCGCAAGGAAUUCUUCGCCGGCUGUCCGUGUGGCUCAACGACCCCCAGGGCAGUGGGCCAGACAGUCCGAAACUGUCGCAGUGCUUGAGCGGCGAGCUGGAGUCGACGACCAGCAGUGAAGACGUCAGAAAGACACCGACCAAAAGCUCAUCGCCCCGAAAUUCGUCGUCGCCCCGCCUGACCCGAAAGCUGGCCCCCAUCAAGCAGCCCAAGCCCCUCAUCCCCAGGAUCAAGGAUGCGGCCGAGCUGACGCUGGACGACAUCGAGCCGGUGGAGCUGGCCCGGCAGAUGACCCUGCUCGACUAUGCGCUGUUCCAAAAGAUUCGACCGUCGGAGUACAACAACGUGGCGUGGACCAAGAAGAACAAGGAGAUCGCGUCGCCCAACCUGCUCCGGUUCAUCAGGCGGUUCAACGACGUGUCGAUAUGGGUGCAGAACACCAUCCUCUCGGGCAAGAGCGCCAAGAAGCGCGCGGCGCUGGUGGACAACUUCGCCAAGGCGGCCGUGGCCUUCCGCAAGCUCAACAACUUCAACGGCGUGAUGCAAAUCGUGUCCGCGAUGGAGGGCGCCGCCGUGCAUCGCCUCCAGAAGACCUUUGAACGGGUGCGACCCAAGUCGAGGACCAAGUACGCCGAGCUUCUCGAGCUCAUGUCCUCCUCGGGCUCCUACAAAUUCUAUCGAGAGGCGCUCGCGGCAGCGACUCCGCCCAUUGUGCCCUACAUGGGCAUGUACCUCACCGAUCUCAUGACGCUCGACGAAGUGCACAAGAACAUGCUCGAACCCAGCCAGCCCACCUACAUCAACUUCACCAAGAGGGUACAGAUCGCGUCGGUGAUGAAGAAGAUCUUAGAGCAGCAGAGCGCAGACUAUGCCCUUCAGCCCAUCGAUUGCAUUCAGGAGUGGUUCGUGGCCCAGCUUGACCAAUUCGGCGCGACAUCGGAGGACGCCCUGUUCAGUAUGUCACUCGUCGCCGAGCCCCGUGAGGGUUAA